AUGUGCGAGGUCAUGGUGGUGCUGAUUUUUGUUGGUGUAGUUUUUGUGAAUGUUUCUUGUGAUGGUUUAGAAGUAAAUAGAGUUCCAGUAGAGCUGUCUACACAGCAACAAAGGUGUUUCGGAUGUCCAACACAGCAGGAUUCCUUCACGUCGUGCCACCUACCAAGAUGCAAUUGCAAUAUUGCAAGCAUUAGAUUGCAAAAUUCCGACCAAGAUGAGACUGAAGUGGAGCCUUCAGAACCACCCUCCACACCCUCACUUCUACCACAUCCCUCACGUCCAUCCUCAAUUUCUCAUGCACCCUCGCACCCACUAUCGCCCGCACAUCUCAACCCACGCCCUAACUCAUUCUUUCUACCACCUCCUAGGGAACACUGCAAGACACACGACAGAAUAGCCCUCAAGUGGAAUGUGAACAAGAACAAAAAGACCUAUUAUUACCUUCGUUAUAGGGUACAUCCAGGACCAGCACAUCAAUAUAUGGAAACUAAUCCGACAAGAUGUGGUUUCGAAAUCCUUCCGGACUUAAGCCCAGAUACAAUAUAUCGAGUUGAGUUGAGAAGCCUAUUAGUCACAGAAAACAGAACGCAGACAAGAAGGAGUUCUCCAGCUUAUAUCAGAACUAGAAGACCAGAUAGUACUCCAGGUUCUGUGGCAAGAUUUUAUUUGGAAAAGUGGUAUCUGGUGGAUCGACAGUAUAUUGCACAAGUCAAAUGGGUUAAAGGUGUAGAUAAUUCAUGUACCUAUAAUAUGGUAGUCCUAGGCCAUGAUGGAGAUUUCAAAGAAGAUGACAUUCUCAAUCCUCUGAAUGAUGACAGUUACAACAUAACAGAUCUUUCAUUCGGAAAUCAGUACUCGAUAGCCAUUACUGCAUUCAAUGAGAUCAAUCUUCUGGAAGGUCCUAAAACCUGGCUCAAUCUGACAGUACCGACCUGUUUUGAGACGUACCAACAGUCUAUCAGAUGCAUUCCAGACAAACCAGAAAACUUGACAGUUGAAGAAAGUCUAGUGAAUUCCACUAACGAUCGCAAGAACCCCCGCUAUGACGUCCAUUUAUCUUGGAAGAAACCCAAGUACCCUCCUGGAUUCUAUGCAGCUAAUCUGAGACUCUUCGAUGACAAUGCAACAAAUUAUUUCCUCAAUAUAACAUGGGAGAAAUCUAAUGCUACAUUCCAUAAAAUAAAACUCACCACCGAAUACCAAGUCCUGCUGGUUGCCUAUUCAGAAAGGGGAGCCAGUGAAGCAGCAGUCGUCCACAGACACAUCGACGAAAGUAUCUGGAAAUUAGUCGACGAACAGCCUCUGACCUCCAUGGAGCUGCUACUGACUAUCAUCGGGCCACUCUUGGUCCUCUGUUUGGCCGCCAUUUUCGUUUUGAACCACUAUGUGGGCAAAAGAGCCAGAAAUCGAGAGAGGAACAAAUAUUUCAAGGAAAUAGAAGGAAAAUUACCAAGUGCAAUAAUCACAGCUAGCACUAUAUCUGUCCCGUAUUUAAAACCAGAUAAAUGGGACAUAGACAUCCAGAGAUUAUUGAUAAAAGAUGUCUUAGGACAAGGGGCGUUUGGAAUAGUACGAAGAGGAUGGUACUCUAAGGAGAAUGGUACCGAUAUCGAAGUUGCCAUAAAAAUGUUGAGAGAUCCUCCCACCAAUGAGGAGUUGAAACAGUUUUGCCAAGAAAUAGAAAUAAUGAAAUCUGUACCUCCUCACCCACAUUUAGUAUCUUUGGUGGGUUGUGUGGUGAAAGAAGCACCCUUACUAGUUGUUGAAUAUUGCUCUAAAGGUGACCUACAAAGUUAUCUGCGAUCUGCCUAUGAAAAAAUAUCAAAGGCGGCAAUGAUGAAUAUCGAUAGUGAAAAUAAUUCUACAUCUGUUUACGCUUUCAACAAAUUGUAUGACAUGAGUCAGGAAGACACGGAGGAUAUUCCGCAGCAUAAAGAUGUACUUUCUUUUGCUAGACAAGUUGCAUUGGGAAUGGAAUACCUUGCAUCUCUGAAGAUGAUCCACCGAGACUUGGCUACCCGAAACGUCCUGGUAUGCGAUAGAAAUACAAUCAAAAUAUCGGACUUCGGCCUGAGCAGAGAUGUCUACUACAACAAUGUUUACUGCAAACUGGGAGGAGGCAAACUGCCAAUUCGCUGGAUGGCCUUGGAAUCACUAACGCAUCAGGUUUACACGACACAAAGCGACGUUUGGAGCUACGGGGUGCUGUUGUGGGAAAUGGUAACGUUGGGAAGCACCCCUUACCCAGGAGUGCCGACCCACGAGCUGCUGGGGAUGUUGAAUAGCGGAUAUCGCAUGCCCCAGCCUGAUAAUUGUAGUGACGAACUGUAUGCCUUGAUGCGGAGCUGCUGGAAAGAAGAUCCGAAAUCCAGGCCUUCAUUUUCAAGUCUUCGGGAAACCUUGGACGGGCUAUUAGAGGGCUAUUCAGAAUACUUGAAAUUGAACAAUUCGGUAGAAAACGCCGCAGAUAUAAGAUAUGACAAUCUUAAUACUUGA